AUGACGGAAGUUAUCAGAAAAGUCAAGCUCGUCACGCAGCAGGCGAUUCUGACAGAUGUGCCGGCGCAGGAAGGAUUCCCGAUGCGCGAGUGGUCGAUCCGGAUGUUCCUGCUGGGGGCGAAUGGCGAGGACCUCCCCGCGACGAUAUUCGACAAGGUGACGUACAAACUGCACCCGACGUUUACGAAUCCGACGCGGGUGCUCAAGAAGCCGCCGUUCCUGCUGAGCGAGAAGGGCUGGGGCGAGUUCGAUAUGGACCUCAUCCUCCAUGCCAUCGAUAAGGGCGGCGAACACGUCAUCCGCCACGACCUCAACUUUCAUAAACCAAAAUAUGAGAGUAUCCAUGACAUCAUAUUCGUCAAUCCCCGCCCGAACCUGCUCAAGCAGCUGGCCAAUUCCGGUCCCGUUCCGGGCGUCGAAGCCCAUCCGGAGGAGGAGCCGCAGCGUCCCAACGGCGUUCCCAAGAGAGACAAGCGCAAGAAUGAAGGCGAGGAACGUGCAAAGAAGAAGAGCCGUGCCGAGAAAGUGUUCGACAUGGAGAAGCUCGCCGAUGCCCUCCAGCAGCUUCAGGAAGACGAUCUGCUGAAGGUUGUGCAGAUGGUACAUGAACACAAGACCACCGAGACUUACGUUAAGAACGAUGUUGAGCAGGGAGAAUUCCAUGUCGAUCUGUACACCCUUCCAGAACACCUCAUCAAGAUGCUAUGGAAGUUUGUUCAAGACGCAGGUAUCCAAGCAUAG